UAUAAACUAUUUUUUAAAAUACUUUUAUAUCUGGUUACCGUAAUUCGAGUCGUCGUUCUGUUGGACGAAAUUGAUUCUUUCCCUCCGCCAUGGACGAUAGCCGUGUACAGUGGUCCGAUCUUCCUCCUGAAAUUUUGCCGAUCAUCGGAAAAAGCUUGGAAACGUACAUCGAAGUCCUUCGAUUUCGCAGCGUCUGCCGAUCUUGGCGUGCUUCCCUUCCUCCUUUCAACAUCGUUUCUUCUCUUUUACCUCUCGAUCUUCCUUCUCCAAUCUUCACCGCCGAUCAUCUCACCGAUGCCUUGCUUAUCCGAAGGGUUAUCUAUCGUCUAAGUCCCCUCGAUCAUCAACACUCGUCCGAUUCUGCUUCUUCUUCUUCUUUUGCGGCGGAGGGCUGGUUGGCGAAGGUCGAGAGUACAAAAUUAGGUACAAUGCGUUUUCUGCAUCCGCUUUCUACACGCUAUGUUAAAUAUGAUAACGAGGUAUUUCGGAAGGAAGUGAACUUGCUGGAUUUUCGAAUUUACGAAGUAGCUAAAUCGUAUACGCUUGGAUAUACUAAUGGUGCUCUUGUUCCUCGAAUUACUAAGGUUGUAAUGUUCCCUGAUUGCCCCUGGAUUGAUGUGAAGUACUGCACCAUUGUAGCUGUUUACGCAGGUGGAAAAUUAGGGUUUGCCAAACAUGGAGAUUACAAAUGGACGCUGAUUGACGACCGGAAUUUUCACUACGACGAUGUGAUUGUGUACAAGGGGCAGUUUUAUGCAGUUGAUAGAUGGGGAACAAUUUUCUGGAUCGAUUCAUCGAUGAGAUUGGUACAGUUUUCUCCUCCAUUGUGUGGUUUUGGUAAUCAGAAGCAUUUGGUGGAGUCUGAUGAUGAACUUUAUGUUGUUGAUCGAUUUCUGGAUAAGGAGCCACUGUUAUGGAAUGCAGAUAUUUUCCAUAUCCAUUGGUUGAAUAAUCUCAUUGAAGAUUCACCUCCUAAAGUAAUUGAUUUCAAAGUCCACAGGCUGGAUCAAGAGUGGGGAAGAUGGGUGGAGGUUAGAAAUUUGGGGAAUCAAUCCUUUGUUUUGGGCAAUGAUUGUUGUUUUUCAAUUUCAGCCCCAAAAUUUGAAGGAGUUAAAGGGAGUUGCAUAUAUUUUACUCAUGCACCAAGAUCCACUCUCGGGUAUAACACUCAUUAUUUCGAGCUCAAGUAUAAAAGGAUUGCCAAAGCAUCAAUCCAUGAUAAUGAACCAAUUUUUGGGCCGCCCCCAAUUUGGCUCAACUUGGAGGCCACUCGGUAUGAAGAACAUGCUUCUGAUAAUUUAUAUGUCUCAGCCUGCUAAGGAUGCUGGAUGAGAUGCAAAAAUGGAGUCCCAAGCUCAUCAGUUGGCAUUCUCGAUACUGUAAGUUUUCUUCCUAACUAUUUUGUGUUUAUCCUGAAUCUUAGUGUGGCUCUAAAUUAAUGGUGUCGUCAAUGUGUCAUUCUGAAUCUUGGCUCUGUAGUCUGUAAUAAGGUGUUCUUAGAAUGUGUAAAUAUGUUUUCUUUGAACAUGGAGAACUCUCAAGCCCUUGGAAAACUUUCCUCUUUGAUUUGAUUAUC